AUGCGCGCCCCCCGCCCUCCCGCGCCGGCCCCGGGAGCUCCUGGCUUCGGGAGCAUCCUUCCCGCGCCGGCCCCCGCCGCGGCGCGUAGCCGGGGGCAGCGCCCCUCGGGAGGGCACCACGGAGCAAGAGAGCCAGGCCCCCAAGAAAGUCCACCAGCCUUCCUGGCCCAUCUUCCCCUGGGCGGGUUAGGACUCGCAGAGCAAUCUACCAAGCAGAUGGAAGAGAAGAGGCGAAAGUAUUCCAUCAGCAGCGACAACUCGGACACCACAGACAGUCACGCUACAUCUACAUCUGCGUCAAGAUGCUCCAAACUGGCCAGCAGCAGCAAGCCAGGCUGGCCCCGGCAGAACGAAAAGAAGCCUUCGGAGGUUUUCCGGACAGACUUGAUCACGGCCAUGAAGAUCCCGGACUCCUACCAGCUCAGCCCAGAUGACUACUACAUCCUGGCAGACCCGUGGCGACAGGAGUGGGAGAAAGGUGUGCAGGUGCCUGCCGGAGCGGAGGCCAUUCCAGAGCCUGUGGUGAGGGUCCUCCCGCCCCUGGAAGGGCCUCCUCUGCAAGUGUCCCCAAACAGCCCUGCACUUGGCGAGAGCUCCCAGCCCGACUGGUCAGGGGGCAGCCGCUAUGACCUGGAUGAGAUCGACGCCUACUGGCUGGAGCUCCUCAACUCAGAGCUCAAGGAGAUGGAGAGGCCGGAGCUGGACGAGCUGACGUUGGAGCGGGUCCUGGAGGAGCUGGAGACUUUGUGCCACCAGAACAUGGCGCGGGCCAUCGAGACGCAGGAGGGGCUGGGCAUCGAGUAUGACGAGGACGUUGUCUGCGACGUGUGCCGCUCCCCUGAGGGCGAGGACGGCAACGAGAUGGUCUUCUGUGACAAGUGCGACGUCUGCGUGCACCAGGCAUGCUAUGGGAUCCUUAAGGUGCCUACAGGCAGCUGGCUCUGCCGGACAUGUGCCCUGGGAGUCCAGCCCAAGUGCCUGCUCUGCCCCAAGCGAGGAGGAGCCUUGAAGCCCACCAGAAGUGGUACCAAGUGGGUGCAUGUCAGCUGUGCUCUGUGGAUUCCUGAGGUCAGCAUCGGAUGCCCUGAGAAGAUGGAGCCCAUCACCAAGAUCUCACAUAUCCCGGCCAGCCGCUGGGCCCUGUCCUGCAGCCUUUGCAAGGAGUGCACAGGCACCUGCAUCCAGUGUUCCAUGCCUUCCUGCGUCACAGCGUUCCACGUCACGUGCGCCUUUGACCACGGCCUGGAGAUGCGGACUAUAUUAGCGGACAACGACGAGGUCAAGUUCAAGUCUUUCUGCCGGGAGCACAGCGACGGGGGCUCUCGGGGCGAGCCGACGCUGGAGCCCGUGGAGCCCAGCCCGGCUGGUGAGGGCCUGGAGAGGGUCACCCUGCGCAAGCAGCGGCUGCAGCAGCUGGAGGAGGACUUCUACGAGCUGGUGGAGCCAGCGGAGGUGGCCGAGCGGCUGGACCUGGCCGAGGCUCUCGUGGACUUCGUCUACCAGUACUGGAAGCUGAAGAGGAAAGCCAAUGCUAACCAGCCGCUGCUGACGCUCAAGACGGACGAGGUCGACAACCUGGCCCAGCAGGAGCAAGACGUGCUCUACCGCCGCCUGAAGCUCUUCACCCACCUGCGGCAGGACCUGGAGAGGGUUAGGAAUCUGUGCUACAUGGUGACAAGGCGCGAGAGAACGAAACACGCCAUCUGCAAGCUCCAGGAGCAGAUAUUCCACCUGCAGAUGAGACACAUUGAACAGGACCUGGGUCGAGAGCCCUCUGGAAGGAGAGCAAAAGGCAAGAAGACGGACUCAAAGAGGAAAGAUCGAGAUGGCCCCAAGGGCAGCAGCCCAGAGAAGAAAGAGAAGAUGAAGGCUGGGCCCGACUCGGUCCUGGGGCAGCUGGGUCUGUCCACCUCGUUUCCCAUCGACGGCACUUUCUUCAACAGCUGGCUGGCACAGUCUGUGCAGAUCACAGCGGAAGACAUGGCCAUGAGCGAGUGGUCAUUGAACAACGGGCACCGUGAAGACCCUGCGCCGGGGCUGCUGUCCGAAGAACUGCUACAGGAUGAGGAGACGCUGCUCAGCUUCAUGCGGGACCCCUCGCUGAGACCUGGUGACCCCACCAGGAAGGCUCGAGGCCGAACUCGCCUGCCUGUCAAAAAGAAGCCACCGCCACUUCACGAUGGGUCUGGUGCACGGACAGUGGCAGACAAGCCGCCCAAGAAGCCUUGGGGCCACGAUGCAGGCAGUGGCAAGGGCGGGCAAGGGCCACCUACCAGGAAGCCACCCCGGCGGACGUCUUCCCACUUGCCGUCCAGCCCUGCGGCUGGGGACUGUCCAGUCCCAGCGGCCCCAGAAAGCCCCGCAAUGCUGGCCUCCGAGACCCUGGAUGAGACACCCCCAGUGGCUGCUGAAUCGAAUGUCCAAGUGCCUGGCCCGACCAUGAGCCCCAAGCCCUGGGGCAGGCUCCGGUCACCCCGUGAGAGCAAAGUCACCCGGAGAUCGCCGGGCGCCAGGCCCGAUGCUGGGACAGGCCCGCCGUCUGCUGUAGUCGAACGGCCGAAGGUCAGCCUGCAUUUUGACACCGAGGCCGAUGGCUACUUCUCUGAUGGGGAGAUGAGCGACUCGGAUAUAGAGACGGGGGACAGCAGGAUGCAGCGGGGUUCCAGGGAAGCAGGGGCGGAGGAGGUGGUUCGCAUGGGGGUACUAGCCUCCUAACUCACUCUACCCUGUCCCAGGCCCUACCCUGGUCCCCUACAAGGCCUCAGCCCAGUCACAACUGCCAUUUCCUACUGCUGAGUGUCCAGACCCACCACUCUGUGGUUUUAUUUUUAAUAUAGAGAGAGUUCCGAAUUCCACACUGUUGUCUUUCCUCUGUGCUGGCCUAGGACAUUAGGGUUCCCUCCAUGGCUCUGGCCACGGGGACCGUGCCAGGCCCUAUGUACCACCCCUGUUCAGGCCCAUUUGGCAUUGCUGGGCUUCUGGCUAGAUGUAGAAAGGUGAAGAAGAGCUCAGGACUCCUGCCCGCUGCCUCUGGGUGACACAAACUGUCAUUUGGGCAUUAUUUUAUGGCAGAUGGGCCAUUCCGGGGCCUGCCCCACCUUGCCCCCAGAAGACACUGGGGUCCGUUGUGGGGGGCUUCCUGCUGCACUCCACUGAUCCCCCAAGAAGCAUCACAAGUGGUAACCCAGCCAGAGUCUACUCACUGUCACAAGCACAACGAGUCUAUAUGAGAAAGCACUGAGGGUACCAGGGGCCCCCUGGCUCCUGACUGACCCAUGUCAGCUGAGUGAGGCCUGCCUUCCCACCUGCCACCCCCCUCCCUUGCUGCUCCGCCCUUGCCAGUGCCCAGCGGCAUGGGAAGGGGUUCCCAGAAUCCUUCCUGAGCUGUGCCAUUUACUCAGGGGACUCCCCGUCAGCCAGCUACCAGUUCAGGUGGCAGGCUUCAAGGGAGGGCCAGUGCCCAGCUUGGGGCGUGGGGCUCAGCGCAGCCCACUGCAGAGAAUCACUCUGGGGCUCCAACUUCCUUCCCUCCUUUGGGGCCAGUCUCAGCCGAAGUCUUGCUCGCUCCAACCCGAGCUGACCAGGCCAGACCCAUUGCCUUCUCAAGUUUCCUAGUCCUGCUAAGAGACGGGUCUCCUUCCGGAGACGCCCGCGUCCUUUCUACAAGCAGUGGGAUCCCGGGGCGCCCGGUGGGCCAGUAUCGGUCCACCGGGGCUAGUUGAAGUCUGCUGGAUGUUCCUCUCUCUGUCCCUUAACACCUUACUUCCCUUUUCCUUCCUCACACCUUCCCCACCUCCCCAGCCCCCAGGUAGUUCUGAAGAAUUUUAGUGGAGUGGCCCCAGGGUGAUAGCUCAGGGAACAAACAAAAAGGGAUUCCGUGAAAACAUUUUUCUUUUGUGAAUUACUCCUGGGUCACUUCCACCACUGGUAAAGCCAGAACUUCUCCAACCAGAACCUUGCAAAAGUCCAGUGAACCAGUCGAAUCAUUCUAUGAAUGCCAAAGAAUCCUUUGACCAUAACAGCACAGCCCAGGACGGACGCCUUGUCACUUGGACUUCUUUUUAAAUGGAGUUCCUUAGCAACAGAAUUCAGAAACCCAGUCGUGGCGCACAGCAACAGGGCAGGCCUCGGGCCUCGAAGACGACAUUGCUGCUGCUGUUGGAUUUCAGACCCUGAGCCGGGCCGCUGUGACUAAUCCUAAACCCUGAGACCCCCGGGGAAAGCCUGACUGUGAAACCAGCGUGGAAACCGUCUUGACCGUGUGGUCCCCCGCCCCCACGCAAAUACACAAAGAGCAAAUACACGGGAUGGGGAGCGGCCUGACCCUCACCCACCUCCACUCCAAAGCUAUCAAGGUACGACAGUGGCAUUGUCACCGACAUGUGAUUUCAUAUGUUUUAGCAAAACCGGAAACAAAGAUAAUGACUUCAGAGGAUCAGACAAACGUGUCUGAUCUGAACGGACUCUGAGGGAGAAGGGUGGGCUCCAAGAAUCCUGGGAUGGGAUCAGCUACGAUGUAGACUUAGUCUGCCUGCCUGCCUUGGUAGUUGGGGCACAGCGCGGUGUCUCCAUCGGCAUCCCCACCCCGGUCUCUGUUUACUGCCUUUGAACAGACCUCCCUUCCCCACGCUUCGGGUCACUUUGGGUCCCAUUCUCGUCUGCUGAAUUGUGUGGCCUGACCCUGCAGUUAGCAGAGGGGAUAAGAGAGCUUAAAGAACAACCGAAAGGCCAGGGCAGGGCCAGGACAGCAUGCACAGGGCCCAGCAGCCUCGGCAUUCGCCCUGACCCUGCGCUCCACCCUGGAGCAUGGCUGGGCUCUGUGGGUCGGGAUGAGGUGGCGAGUGUAGAGAAUCUGGCCUUUUGCCUGGGAAUUUUGGAGCAAUACUGUCAGGGCCUUUAGACUGGCCAGGCAGAUGGGCACCUGGAAUGUUUCAGAAAGCCUCUGCUUUCACUGGCCCGUGAUUGGGCGCCUCGUAACGGUUGGCUUCUGCUCCGAGCUGUCCGCUGGGCCUUUGUGCUGCAAAGCCCGGGUGUCUAUCAGAUGUCCCCCGCCCUCCCCCAGGCUAGGCUCCAAGGCAGUCUUCAUCAGGCAGCUGUCUCCACUUACAGGAUGUCCACCAGGCAGCAAGGAGGACAAGGAUGCAGUCUCUCCUCCCUCCCUGUAGCAGACAGCCUCCAGAUCGUCCCGUUAGCCACGGCCCCUGCACCCCUCCCAGACCACUACCCACGGUGUAGAGGGCUUUGCUGCCCCCACAACCAAGGCACCUUUUCCAGACCAGAGGUAGACCUCAGUAUUGCCCACCUCUGCCGCCCCUCCCGAGAGGCAGAAACUGCUCUGUAACUCAUGCUGGCUACUUUCCCAUCCCACCAGUCUUGGCUGCCUUCCACCUCAUUCUCAUCACACGACACAAGGAUAAUGUGCAAGGAAAGUAUUUUUAUGUAUCAUAGAUGUAUUUUGAGACAAACCAGGAGAAGAAAGGUAGACUGCUCAUUUAUGUUAUUAAGUGAGCUCGGACUUUGUGACGGUUAAGCACGAGAGUAUUCGGAAUGUAAAGGCCUCAGGUUCCUUGGAGACGCCGCCGGGGUUUCCAGGCACAGGCGUUGGGGUCUGUGCACGCAGGUGUGCACCAGAGCAUGUCUUGUGUCCGUGGGCGUGCACAGACACCCUACUGCAAGGCCUGCUCAGGUAGUGCCUAGAGAUCCAAACGCCCAGUUCCAGAGCGGCACUGGCCCCAGCUGGACUUGGCAAUUCCUUAUUCUUUGCUAGAUGUGGCCACCCUGUGCCCACCCAUGCCUGAAGCUCUGCCCAACAGUCUGGAUCCCUGUAGUGAGGCUCUGGAGGGGGAGGAGGAGGCUCCUCUUCGGUGCCCUCGGCCCUGUCGGCCACAUUGGCUGAAGAGCCAGGGUUGACUCUGGGACCUUUGGUUGUUCUUUAAGGCACUUCCUGCCGCCUUCCCUCUAGAUGCACACUUUGUGCUUCAAAUCACUGGAGGGUGGUGGUAGGGAGGUGAUAUGAAUGUCACAGGAGGAGACACCUUCUGUCUUUGUUUCAAAGAAAGUGAUGUGCCAUUUGUUAAUAUACAAGAGAAAUAUUGAAAAUAUAUUGAAAAGAGCAAUUUUAAAUUAUUUUUGGCUUAUGUUGCAAUAUUUAUUUUCUUGUAUUAGAAAAGAUUCCUUUGUAGAGAAAAAUGUAUUUUUCAUUACCGCAAAGACCUAUUUCUCCUUUUUGUACAUCGUCCAUGUUCGCGACCCUUGAUGAGCAAUAGAAUGUACGGUCACCCCCACGUGGCCAGUGCCCGCCCGCCGUGCCCUGCAUGACCCUGUGCUGCCUCUGCUGCUGCUCCCAGCCCCACCUGUCCUGCUCACUCAGGGGGGCUUCUGGACCCCGGGCCCCGCCAGGGCCUGGGUUUAGGGAGCUCCCUGCACUCCUCGUGUGCUGGCAAACGCAGUUAAUAAAGCAAUGUUUUCUGUG